AUGGCCCGUCUGUCCGUUCCCACGACGGGCCCUCUGUCGUCCGCCGUGCGCAUCCACAAGUCGAACGCCAUCGUACAAAAGAUCGUUGGCCGUCUCUCCCGUCCGGCGCUUCUUUCUCUCGCUCUCGACUGGCUCGACGAAGACAACCAGUUGUUAUGCGCGCCGCAGCUCGGCGGCAGUCAUGAUCCGAACGACUUCUACCCACCGGCCGAGUCGCUGCAACAGUUGCGCCGCUUGUACCUAGAGCUGCAGGCGAGGAAGGGCUCUAAAAAGGAUGUUGUCGAUCGCAUUGCAACAGGUGCGGAUUCAAAAGUGUUUCGCAACCUGGUGGAGGAGGGGAUUCCGAAAGCACUGUCCCAACCACGCAAAAGAUAUACCCUCCAAGCCACAAACGUCCGCAGCAAAAAUCUAUCCCUUCUUCUGUCAUCAAAGGGCGCAGGUCGGACGAACGCCGCUGCGGGUGGGUGGAGCUUCUACGCGGACAGGAAAAAGAACGAGUCACCUCUCGACACCACGUUGCCUACCCCGCCGCUUUCGGAGGACUCUGAGAGCGUCUCUUCUGCUGCAGCGGAACAGGUCACGGCAGCCAAACGGAAGGUCACAUACGACCCAGCAGAAGCGGACCGACUUGAUAAAAAGGCGAGACUUUUGGCGGCUCGCGCCCGAUUCGGGGAUUCAGCAAAGCUCGACGAUGGCCGGGGUAUCGAGCGAGUAGACAUUACGAUGGAGGACUCAUUCUUAGGUCCAGAGAAUAACGUGCCAGUAGACGAAGACGAGGCAUCUUGGGCUCCGGGCGUCAAGCUGACAUUUCGAGGCUCACACGUCUUUGCCGGCAUGCGCCAGCUCGUGGAGGCUGGUGUCAUUAAUGGCAGCAGAAUGCCUGGCUGGCUGACUGGUGAGGAAGGCGUUACUAUUGGGGUUGUCAGGGAUGGCAGGAUCAGGGGAUACAAAGGCUCCGGGAUAUAA